AUGCCUCCAAUUUACAUUUUAAAUAUCUAUGCUCACUCUGAUAACUACAGGGCGAGAAAUCACUUGUUCGACCAAAUCAUCAGUCUCCUCAACUCCAUGCCUGAGAUGAUCCCUUCUCUCAUCAUAGCCGGUGACAUGAACUGCUGCUUUGACUCCACAAGUCAACGCUAUAAUCGCCAAACUGGAAAGCCCAAAAGUUUCAUUGAAUUUUUGAACACUCACUUUUCAGAUUGCUUGAACCAACCAAAUUUACCGCAUGAUUACACUUUUAGGCGUGGAUCGUCUCUUUCCACUCUCGACUAUAUGUUUGCAAGCCGCGAUGCUUUCUUCAAGAUGAGUGAUGGUGAUACCACAUUUCUCUCUCAAGAAUGGACAGACCAUGCCUUGUUAACCAAGACAUAUACUACCGGCAUGACUAACUGUGGUAAAGGUGUUUGGCGGGCCAACCCCUUUCUUGCGAAGAACCCUAUCUACGUCAACAAAUUAAACACUGCUAUCUCUAACUACGUAGAAACCAAAUUAGAUCCUAACCUAUCUGCUCAAGAAAAAUGGGACCUGAUUAAGAAGAAAACUAAGCAAGUUACUCAAAACUUCAGCCGUACUCACUGUUCAUGGAGGAAAGCUAAAAUCAAGAAGCUACAGAGUGAGAGGAACAAUUUGCUACAUAGGUACCGGAAUGACUCCGUCUGUUUUAAUCUUUUGCUUUCUCCUGUCGAAAAGGAGCUAUCCAAACUCCAACAAGAGGUAGUUGACGUCCAACGACUGAGAGCAGGACAGAGAUGGCACGAGAAGAGUGAAAAGUCUCCAGGUUACAUCAAGCAAACAUUAGCGGAAAAGGCAUCCAAGCGAACAGUCUCUAGCCUAAAGCAUCCUACUUCCGGGGAACAAUGCUGGGAAACUAGUACUAAACUUGACGCUGCUAAAGUCUUUUACCAAGACCUAUACACCGAGGAAGAAAUUGAUCUCAAUUGUGUGGAAAGAAUGCUACAAUAUAUCGACAAAACAAUUCCAGCUGAGGACUCACAGGGCAUCAUUGAAGACAUACCCUUACGAAGAUAUCAUUCAAGGAUCUCAAAGAACGCCAAAUGGUAG